ACGCCUCCUCGCUGGGUCGCUUCAACUGUGUCCCUACACUGGAAAGAAAUGCUGUUUUCUUACUCGGUCCCACCUACUUCCGCCAGGCACUAGAUACCGGAAGUACAGGUGCCCCUAGUCGCGGAGGUGCCUCGCUUGGCUGGUUUAUUCCAGGUGUCCACAAAAUAUGAAGGGCCACCCUUCCCUGCUGCUGCUCUAUAUAGGAUUGACAACCUGCCUGGAUAACGCACCCAGUAGAGAGCAAGACCAAGGAACAAACAUCUUCUUGGGUCCCAUAGAGGCCCAGAGUUUCCUGGUCAGCCACAGGCGGAUUCCAAGAGCCAAUCACUGGGACUUAGAGUUGUUCACACCAGGGAACUUGGAGCGGGAGUGCAUCGAGGAGAAGUGUUCUUGGGAAGAGGCCAGAGAGUACUUUGAGGACAACACUCUGACGGAGCGCUUCUGGGAGAAUUACAUCCACAAUGGCAAAGGAGGUCAUGGACGAGUGGAUGUAGCAGGACUGGCAGUGGGGCUGACCUCGGGCAUCCUGAUCAUUGUCUUGGCUGGCCUGGGAGCCUUUUGGUAUCUACAUUAUCGACGGGGCCCGGGCAGGGGCCGAAGCCAGCAACUUUCUUCCCAAGAGGCCGGGCUCAUCAGCCCUCUAAGCACUCCAACGCCCCUACCUCCACCUCCACCCCUACCCCCAGGACUCCCCACCUAUGAGCAGGCACUAGCGGCCUCUGGGGUGCACGACGCACCUCCACCCCCCUACUCAAGCCUCCGGAGGCCUCUCUGAAGAUCUGUUACGGAGUCCCGGCUGCCCGAGCUGUGCCCCUGAUUCACACCGGAUUCCGGAAGUCCCCAGGCCUCUUAGAUUCUAGAGUUGAGCUUGGGGGUUGGGGGGAUUAGGGGUCGUUCGACCCGAGGCCUAGCCUGGCACACGUGUUUCCGCCGCUUACGGAUACACACACGUCCCCGGCUAAUGUGUUGCGAAGUCCGGGACCUUGCCCCUUGCGCGUCUCCAGACUCUCCUGACUUGGGGCAGUCGACCAGUCCCACUCUCGGUGUAGACGUGCGCGCGUGGAAACUCAGAUCCAGUCCGGCAGGCAGGGUGUGCAUCUUACGUGUGUAGCCAGACGUGAAUCGACCAUCACCCUCGGAUGCCACAGGGCACGCACACGCAGGGAGCCCCGUUCGUGCACACUGGAGUCUUAGGGUAGUGUCGGUGUGUGCACAGGGACGCUUCGUAACCCAGGGAAAGGGUGGGGGGACAUAUUUGCAAGUGUGAUCGGCGUGGGUAGGCUCGUGUUGUACCGGGAAACCGGACUUGAACUGUUCCCCUAGAUAAAAAUCCUUUGGAAAGGAAAUCAAAGAAGGCUGAAACAAUGAAAAAUAAAAACCUCAUGAACUGAACCGCGUUCCCGGGCGC